GGUCAAAAUUGUAUUACAGCUUUUUACAAUUUGGAACAUAUAGACUCGGAACCCAAAACGACUUGUUGCUCAAGUCCCCUCCUUCUUAUACACAGACAGACUCGGAUCGAAAGCUAAGCAAAUCCAAGAGAAGAAGAAGAAGAAGAAGAAGAAAGAGAGAUGGAGUCAAUCUUCGGUUUGGUUGGGAACGACUUCGCCAUAGUGGCGGCGGACACGUCGGCAGUGCACAGCAUACUGGUGCACAAGAGCAACGAGGACAAGAUCAUGGUCCUCGACUCCCACAAGCUCAUCGCCGCCAGCGGUGAGCCCGGCGACAGGGUUCAGUUCACGGAGUACAUCCAGAAGAACGUUUCGCUCUAUCAGUUUCGUAAUGGGAUUCCUCUUACCACCUCCGCCGCUGCCAAUUUCACCCGCGGUGAGCUCGCCACCGCCUUGCGCAAGAACCCAUACCAUGUGAACAUUCUCAUGGCUGGAUAUGAUGAAGAGAAAGGCGCAGAACUGUACUACAUUGAUUACAUUGCUUCCCUUCACAAGGUUGACAAGGGCGCCUUUGGUUAUGGUUCCUAUUUUGCUCUCUCCCUCAUGGAUCGACUCUAUCACAAAGGUAUGUCUGUUGAUGAAGCCAUUGCCUUAAUUGACAAAAUUAUCAUUGAGAUACGAUCAAGGCUUGUUGUGGCUCCACCCAACUUUGUCAUCAAGAUAGUGGACAAGGAUGGAGCUAGGGAGUAUGCGUGGCGUGAGUCUAUCAAGGAUGCUGGUGUGGCUGCUGCUUGAGGCCUUGCUUCUAUUAUCACAAACGUUGGGGGAACUAAUGUCUCUGGUAGAACUAUUUCAUAGUAGAUCUGUUCUUGUUUGAACUAUUGAAUAGCUGUUGUAAUUUUUUAAAAAUGGGUAGUUUCAUUUGGAACUGUUCUCUUUUCAUCUGUGGUUGAUGGUUAUUGUGUUAUUCCUUUUCUUUGGGUCAUGCUAUUUAUGCAUGCGGGGCUAAAGAUUCCCAGGAAGUGAGCUUUUUAUUAUCUUUCUGAAAUUCUCAUGCAUUUUUCAUGAUGUGUAUUUACUAUUUAUCAAGAUACGAGUAAUUAAUCUACAAU